AUUCUGGCAACAAUCUCCUUCUCCACAACAUGGAUUGUGGUGUUCUUUCGCUUGCUUUCUCGCACCUGUCAUGAUAUUGUUGUGAUAUUUUAGGAAGCGAGAUUUCUUACUUUUUAGUUUAACAUUACUUUUAUGUUUCUAAUAAGUUCUUUACUUUUUGUUUGCCUCACGUUUUGAAAUGCUGAAGUUGUGACAGCUGAAGUGAAGAAACACCAAUUUCAAUUUGCAUUAGAAUACGUUUAGUUUUUGUGAGAACUUAGAUACUCCAAGAUGGGUGACAAGAAAAUUGAUAUGGACAGGGUCGGCCUGUUCCAGGAAAUGGGGUAUAUAUCAAUUGGAGAUAAAUACAAGACUCCCGGUGUUCAAUUUAAUGUAUCGGCGAGUAAAGGCAAACAAGUUUUACCUGGUGGCAGUAAGGAGAAAUCUGCCCUUCAACAUGGCUACUUUGCAGAAAAAUUCAACCGAGUUAUGGAAGGAGAGGCAUACAGUGACCCUAUCAAAAUGAGAAGGCAGAGACGACAAGAAGAUGCAAAGAAAAAUUUAUCAAAGGCAUUUUUACCAAGCAGUGGAGAAAAGAAAAUGUCUGGUUUAGGGAGCCACUAUGGUACACUGGGUGGUCCAAUCGCUGCCCUUAGCCCAGGAGAGAAGCCAAGUAAACCAUACAAGUCCCCUGGAAAAAAUGUCAUGACAAACCCAGGCAAAGAAGGCACAGGCUUUGGAUACCUUCAUGUGACUUUGGGCAAAUACCCAGCACACAUGGUUGAACCCUAUAACAGUACCCAGGAGAAGGCCAAGAAAGAGAAUGAGGGUCACCGGAAGCUGGUGAAGGGAGGAGCCUUCAAGCUGAACAUGCACCCCCAGGCUCUGUUUGACUCCAACCCUUACCGAUCAGAGAAGGCAUUGCCCCCACUGAGGAAGUCAAGUUCUGCCACCCUCAAGAGGAAUGACUUGAAACCAUUUAAACCCAGCUCCCCAGGCAAACAUCCUGGUGGCUCCAAAAUUGGUACAUUUGAUCCUUAUCCGACACACUCUCAAGACCCAUACAACGUCCGUGUCAAACGGCAAAUCAAUGUGGUGAACAAGAGUGGAAGGAUCUUCGUGCCGUCACAAGGCCCCAAGACGACACCCUGUAUAUCAAUUGUGGACCAGCAUGUUAAAAGAUCCAUCAACAUCCAGAACUACAGAUCUGCAACCCUGGCUUAGCUUGGAAAUGUGUCACUGAAGCGGAAAUAUUUUUCAAUUAUGCAAAGAACAUGUUUUUGUAACCUUUUAGAUGUUCACAUCUAGCUGAAUGAUUUUGAUGAAAUAUUUUGAAAUUUGUUAUGUGAAAUUCAUGCUAGGUAAAAUCAUGUUACAACAGCUUCAUUAUUAACUGGCAUGUUCCAAAUUUAAGUAAACGAUAUAUAGUCUUUUGCACCUGGUCUCAAUAGAGACACAAUAUUAAUGAGCAAUAUGAACUGUGAUAUUUACAUAGAAAUCUCUACCUGUGUAUUGUUGUCAUGUGUAUAUAGCAUUACCCAUCUGUGUUAACAGUGUACCCUUCAGCUCUGACCAGCUCUUUUGGAAUGAUGUGCACAAUAAUAUGUGUGAUGUGUCUUAAACCAGGCAGUUAACCUCUUAAGCUCAAAAUACAUCUUUAUAAACUUGCAAAAUAUGAAUAAUUCUGCAUCGGUAUGAAGACAUUUACUUAAAUUCAUAACAUACCAUUUUGAGAACUCAAGGUUUAAGAAUAUUUGUUAACUAGAAUACAUUACAGUGAGAUAUGCAUGUUCCUACCAGUAUACAAUAGUUGUCUUCCUGUAGCUGGAUGAACUGUUCUGUUACAACUGUUUACAGUGGGUGAAAGUUGAACAUUAUCAGUAUUUAGUCAAGACUUUGAGGGGCAAUUUAAAUUUGAGACUAUAGGAUUUCUGAGUUGCUGUAGUUGUUUGUCAAGUGUUUUACCAUAUGGCCACUGUGCAGUGCUUGAGGAUCAUGAACAUACCAGUAUUAUCAUGAAAUAGUUGUCUGCAUGUAAGGUUUAAAGAUUUGUUAUAUUGCAGUUCUAUUUUUGUAUAUAAAAUCUACACUUUUCGAAUCUGAAUUUUUUCAGUGUUUUUGAUAGGAUAUAUCUCUACAUGUAGAUUUUGUUGAUUAUGAGAAUAACAUACUCAUUUUUGUUUGUAAAAUCUAUCAGCCUCAUUUUCAACAAGCAGCAGUCCCGUCCUAUUAAAAUUGUUCGUAGAACCUGUAAAGAUCCUUUUCUUUGCAAGAAAAGGAAAUGGAAUUGUAAGGAAUGGUGACUGGCACUGCCUACCACAAAUUGUGAAUGAUAGUUUUUCUCCAUCACCACUUUCAAGUCAUGAAGCUUGUGUUUCUCUUCAUCAAUAUGGCUGUGUUUGACACUGUGUAAUAAAAGAUGUAAAUAGUU